CACACACACACACUCCAGCAUCCAGUGUUCAGAGAGCAUGAAGCUCAUCCCAGAGGAUAUCAUCACGGCCGUCAGAUCCUCCUCCUGCAGACAGGUGUUAAGCUCCGCCCUCCUCCACCUGUGGGAUGUGUUCUCAGCUCCUGCUCCUCAGGGCAGAAACCUUCUCACGCUGCUGGUUCUCUGCUUCAGCCUCGCCCUGCUGACCGGCCUCCUGAUGCUCCUCUGGCUCUCAGACUCCCUCAGAUACUCCUCACAAACCUGCCUGCUGACCUCCAGCAUCUACAGCGUGUCCAUCUUCCUGCUGUCCUCCCUGAUCCCCCCCCUGCGGUGCGUCCUCACGCUCUCCCUCCCCACCGUCUGCACCCGGCAGGGCCGAAAGCUCCUCCUCACGGCCUCCGUCAUGAUCCUGGUCCUCAACGUGAUCCCAAACAUCUCCUCCAACGUAGGCUCCGUCGCUCGAAUCCUAAAGUGCACGGCCGAGGGUUUCACCAGGACUCUUCUGAACUCCUCAGAACCUCUGAAUGCAGCCAAGAAAGAUCUGGUUCUGGAGACUAUUAAAGUCCGGAGGGAGGAUUUGAGCCUUGUGACCAACCUGAGAAAGUUGGAUCUCUUCACUCACGUUGAUUUGUCGGCAGUUAAAAGCAGGUUCGGGCAGAUCAUCGCGCAGAUAGAGGGCGACUUCUCCCACGCCAGAAACACUCUGAAACACUACAAGCUGCUGUCGAACCGCGUUCUUGCCGCCAUGUUUGUCGCCGCGCUGAUAUUUGAAUCUGCUCGUUACCUGAAGUCUUACCUGGGAUCCGUUCAGUUCGAUAAUGAACACGUCUCUAAGGAGGACGAGGCCGAUCGUAAAGGUUGUCCCACGAGCUGCAGGAUGAGCGGUCAGGAGUUCACUUCCUGCUUCCUGUCUCUGCUCGUGGUCACGUUGUAUUUCAUGGCGAUAACGUUGGUGGUCGCUCUGGAUCACGUCGUGUUUCUGAUCGUUCAGGCCGCGCUGCCGUGGGUCCUGGAGUUCCCACCGACGACGGCCAGCAUCAGUGUCGAUUAUAAGGUGAAAUGGUUCCCUCCGGCCCUCUGUCUGAUCCCAGAGUUGUGCUUCAGUCGGGAGCUCACACACUUCCACAGAGACUACAGCUGGACCUUUGACCCCGAGCCCUCCCUGUGCGAGGCGUCCGUCGCCCCCCCCAGCCCGGGCGUCUCCCUGCUGCUCGGCUUCCUCUGGAUCCUCAGCUACCUCCUCGUCUUCAUCGAGGUCUACGCCCGCCGGCUGAGAAGGAACAUCUCAGCGUCCUUCUUCAGAGAGCAGGAGGAGAGGAGGAGGGAAUACCGGAGGGAGAAGGAAGUCCAAGAGGAGCAGAGAAAACAGAAACACGUCACGUCUGUUCUGGUUCGGUGAAAGAGUGACACAUACAUGCUUUUGUUUCCCUGUAAAUGUUCCUCUUUGAUAUCAGACAUCUCUCUGCCUGUACA